CCUCUACUGAAAGGAACCUCCCCCAGCCUCCAAUUGUGUAGCUCAACAGGUCUGCUCAGGUGAAUUCCCAUUGGUAAAGCACUUUGGGAUCAGCUGGAUAACAGGCACAUUAAACAGCAAAUAUAUCAUUGUCUUUGCAAUCACAACAAAAAAAGAUGACUGCAGAAUUUAGUAGUCUUUUGAUUCUACAGCAAUCAUCUUACGUAUUUUCAAAUAAUGGCAUUAUACUACUAAAAAUUGAGCCAUUAUCUCUGUAUCAGUUUACACAGUUAAUUUAUUAUUCAUUGCACUGGAUUAGAUGGCACAACAGAAGGAAGUUGGAAAACAAUACACUGUAGAAGCUGGUUGGUGAUGACCCUACUGAUUCUCUUCUCCAAGUAAAAUGUAACUAGGCUUUAAACAAAGCAGCUAGACUUUAAGUUUUGCCAUGUGAGUAUGAGAGUUGGAAGCUGUAGUUGAUACAAGGUUUUUUAUUAUUAUUAAUGCCAUACUAUGUUUGCUGCUGCUACCAAAAACUUUGUUAAGCAAGUUGGUGACAGUGGGAGAUUAGUCCCUGUUCCUAGCCUCAGUGAAGCUGACAAAUACCAACCUCUGAGUCUUGUUAUUAAGAAGAGAAAAUGUUUUCUUUCAAAAAAAUCUAAAUUUGCUUCGACACCUUUCACCCUAAAAGACAUUCUUCAGGGAGAGAAAGAAAUUUCAGCUGGUGAUGGGGGCCAGGAAAUUAAGCCAGGUGUUUCAUCCUAUCAGCUGUUGAAUUAUGAAGACAAAUCAGAUGUUUCACUCUAUGGUAGACGAGGAAAUCAGAUAAUGAGUGAUGUUGGGGUCAAUAUUGCUGGAUCAGAUUCUAUUGCAGUAAAAGCUUCAUUUGGUAUAGUGACCAAACAUGAGGUUGAAGUACCAACAUUACUUAAAGAACUUACUACUAGAAAAAUUAACUUUGAUCACUGCCUAGUCCGACAAUCAAGAGAAAGUAGGAAAGCGGUUCUGUGUGUGGUCAUGGAAAGUAUUAGAACAACACGGCAAUGCUCAUUAUCUGUGCAUGCUGGUAUGCGUGGAGAAACAAUGAGGUUUCAUAUUAUUGAGGACCAAAAUCACAAGGGACGAGACAAAGCUAUUGUUUUUCCAGCUCACACAACUAUUGCAUUUAGUGUAUUUGAACUUUAUAUUCACUUAGAUGGUAAUUUUGAGUUCUGUGUCACUCCAGUUUCAAAAGGAGGAUUUGAAAAAGAGCAAUCUAGAUCAUUUUCACUGAACAAAUUAAGGAGGAAUCUGUUCCACCGAAAUAAAAGGGUAAUGGAUAUCAUUGCUAAUUCAGAUGCUUACUUGGAGGACAUUUUUACAGACUAUUAUGAAAAAGCUGCAAGCAUGACUGAUAUUUCUACAAGCUAUCUCAGAGAAGGGUCUCAUAUCCGGGUUAAUUUACUUAAUAACAACAUCCCAAAAGGUCCUUGUGCCCUUUGUGGAAUGGGAAAUUCUAAAAGAGAGACAGUCUAUGGAUGCCUAGAGUGUUCUUUUAAUGGACAAAAGUAUGUACGACUGCAUGCUGUGCCCUGCUUUGAUGUCUGGCACAAGAGAGUGAGAUAAAUGAUCUAUGAGCGUGACUAUUGUUAUAGACUUCAGUGUAACUGUGCCACAAAAUUUCCAAAAUUGUUGAAUAUUGAGUUACGUUCAACAGAUAUUAAAAGUGCAAAAUAUUUGGUUAUGCUAUUUCCUUUUUUAUUGUAAAGUGAUACUUCUAUUUUACAAUAAAGGUAAUUAUAUUACAUAGUUCAG